AUUUGGCGGAAUUUGCAAAUGACGAUACUGCUGUCGUUGUACAACACAAAUUGCGUGACGAUUUUGAAAGGUGACCUGAUCAUUUACACAUAUGUGGAUUUGCUGGCCUUGACCUUUGAUGGAAUUCUGGCUUGACCCAGGUCAGUGAUCACAUGUCACUUUAUCAAGAUGGGAAAGACAGCCAAAGGAAGGCAACAGAAAGCCAGUGGAGAACCGGUGCAGCAACCAAAGAUAUCCAACUUCUUUCAGACUGGACCUGCUAAAGGCAAGGACCAAGUAUUGUUCACAGAGCUUGGAAAGUCUUCAUCAUCGUCGUCCAGUAAACUCUCUUUAAAGAAACCCGUCGUAACAGUAGGAAGGAACCAAUCUCCCGAUAUAGUUAGGUCAGAGGUCAAGUCUGUGAACCAGAAAAUUAACCAAUCCGCUGAUAGUAAUCUACAGAUAUGUGAGGAUCAAGAUGUCGUUGUGAUCCCUGAAACUCAGAUGUUGUUUAGCCCUAGUCCAAAGCGUGGUCAUCAAGAUACGGAGGCUGGCAAGCUUAACACAAGUUCCGACAUUCUUAUUCCGGACACCCCGGAUGAUAAUAAGUCAAAGAUAGACCAACGGAAGAAAAUAUUCCGUCGCAGUUUCUUGACUGGGUCGUCAAAUUUGUCGAAACCUGCUGGUCUACCUCUUCGCGUAAAACCUAUAAAGGCAACAAAACCUUCUCUCUCUAAUGCCAAGAAAAAUCUUCUGUCUGUUUCAGUGAAUUUUAAUCCUAAAACUUCUGACGAAAACAUUUCUGAAAAUUCUUCCGAUAAAAAAGACGGCAGUGAAGUUGAGAAUGAUGAAGAAGAUGCAGAAAUCUCCAAAGGAGAGGCAGAGUUAGUCGACAUGUAUCUUGCACAACAAGAAAAAAGUGAAUUUCAUGAUGGAGAUUCCUGCGAAAAGUCAGAGGUCAUGAAGGAAACUAAUGUGCUAAAAUGUGAUGAAGAGCAGGUAAAGGGAGGUAACCCUGAGCAGUUUAUAGAGGAAGACGAGUGUAACGAAAUUAACACAGAUAAUGAAUUUGACGAGGUAAAAAUUGUUGAUCCUUCGCAGACCCCUGUUAAGAUUUAUGAUUCUAAUAUUCCCUCCAUCAAGAGGAUGAGUAAGGCGGGACUUUCCCCUGAUCCUAAGCGAAAUAUGUCUGGGAAAACAAAAUGGGAAGUUUUUGAGCAACUGAUGGAGGAAGGCAAUACUAAAGAAAAUAUGCAGCUAGAUAAAACAGGAAGUUUUGAAGAAAAGGAAAAUGUGAAGAAAAAGUUGCGAAUGUGCGGUUCUUCAUCUGAUUUUGUGUCUAGCAAGAAACUUUUGGACAAUACAGCAUCUGAAAUCUGCAGAAAAACAGAUUCAAGGUCCAAGGGAGAAAACUCUAGGAAUACACCAUCGUUGAAGAAAUUGAGUGACAAAGGUACCAAAAAUUUAUCCCAACAGCUUGGCUAUCAGAUGGGUGGUAGUCGGUCAAGGAAAUCUCAACCGAAAAGUUCAAAUGAUGGAGUGAAAACGGACGACGUGCUUGGAGAAAUACUUCAAGAAUUGGUAACCACUCCGACUCUAAAAUCAAAAUCCCCUAGUUUUACAAACAGCACAAUGAAUGGAGUCGAAACAUUAACAGACACUUCGAGAGGUGUGAGAAAGUCAUUUGAUUCACAUAAACGUUUAUCUGACAGAGCAGAUGCAGGCACAAGGAGGAGCGGAGAUAGAAAUGUUGUGAAUAGGUUGGAUGAAGGCCAUGAAAUACAGUUAGUUCAAGGGAAGAAGACAGAGGUGGAAGCGUCGAUGCCUAAAAUAUCACUGAAGAAAAGACAGUCUGGAGCAUACAAACAAAAGUCUGUUGAUACCAACAAUAGAUCAUUGUCAGCAGACAUCUCGUUCACAGAGGAAGAACUUCAGUAUUUUGAUGACCUUGAUAGCGGAAUCCAUACUUUUGUUGGUGGCGGAGCCGACUCUGAGGACACUGGUACGCCUCCUGACAGUGGAGGCCAAUCAUCGGAACUCUUCACUCCCGUUAUACCAAAGUUAAAAAAAUCCUCAUCAAAUUUCGUAAAAAAGAAAUCGAAAGAAGUUAGAGAAAUUACAUCAGAAAAUACUUUUUCAGACGAAAUAAUGGAAUCUGAUUCAGGGUUGGACCUGAUGUUGCAGUGUUUGACUCCUGAACCCAAGAGGUGCUUGACCCCUGAACCUUUGACCCCAAGCAUCCAGAGAUGUGUGACCCCUGAUGCUUCAAGCAUUCGAGCGACUCAGAAUAUUAAUGAGUUUCCCAGUCAGAUGUCAGUUAAACAUACAGGUGGGAAAGACGUUGAGAUGGAAAUCGAAGACGUUCCAACCCAGAGUGAAAGUCAAGAACUGUGUGAGGAAUUUGAUCAUCUAACUCCAUUUAAGGACAAAUCAGAUACCGAGUCUGACCUCAGUGAAGAACAGCCACCAUGUGUUCACUUUGGUCGUCACACUGUGAAGAGCAUCAACAGAACCAGAGACAAUGUUACCUUGGAGCUAGAAGACUUUGCUGAGAAAAUUCCAAGACUCUGCAUACUUGAAGAUUUCUGGUACGAUACCCAUAUCACGGAGGGGGAUAUAGUACAUGUGAUUGGACAGUUUGAUGAUCACAUGACCUGCCGCAUCACUGACAAGUCGGGGCUGAUUGUCGUGAACCCUGAUCGCCUCCUCUCGGGAACCUCUGUGGUGUCGGGCGUUUUCUGUAUGAGGAAGUCUAUACUUAACGAGAAGUUUAAAGGAUGUGACCGAGGAAAUGUUCAGAUGUUGUAUGGGAGCAUCAUACACUGUUUGUUUCAGCAGGUCCUGAAAAAACAGAUACAGGAUAAGGCGAGGAUUUUAACAGAAGCUGAACUCAUCAUAAAACAGAACAAGACUGUCCACGAUAUGUAUGGAAUGGGCGUGACAGAAGGCGAAGUACUGGAGGAGAUAAAGAAGUACAUCCCUCAGCUACAGAAGUGGUUAGAGCAGUAUACCAGCAGUGGUCAGACCAUGUUGGGGGCUCAGACAAAGAAGCAGGGGGAUGAUGAUGUCCUCAUCACGAAGAUCAAGGACAUAGAGGAGAAUAUCUGGUCACCAAGAUUUGGUGUGAAAGGAAAGAUAGAUCUGACUGUGGAAGUAAGGAAAAAGUCCCGACCAAAAGGUUUGGGUGAAAAAUUGACAAUUCCACUCGAGUUGAAAACAGGACGUCCGUCAUUUUCUUUGGAGCACAAAGGGCAGGUAACUCUGUACAGCAUGAUGAGCUCUGACCGACGUGCUGAUCCAAAACAAGGACUUCUGUUAUACCUGAAGGAACCCAGCAUGAAGCUCAUUCCUGCCGACCACCUCAGCCAGAGAGGCUUGAUACAGCUGAGGAAUGAGAUGGCGCAUUUCCUGGACCAGCAGGUGAAGAGGUCAAUCGAGGACGGAAAAACUGUGUUUAGUUUUGGCCGCCUUCCUGACCCUAUCAACAACUCUAGGACAUGUCCGAAAUGUCCACAUCUUCUGCACUGUGCAGCGUUCCAGAGGGUUGAGGAGCGCAGUCUACCGUCCAGUCACGCAAUGUCUACCCUGGUUCCCGACACGCUGGCUCAUCUAUCACCCUCCCACCUAGAGUACUUCACACACUGGUGCCUCAUGCUGGACCUGGAGUCUCAGGCCAAUAUUCGGUCGGGUCUAAGAAAGAUCUGGUGUAAAACUGGACCACAAAGGGAGGCUCUAGGAGAGUGCAUCUGUAGACUGACUCUGGUGAUGGACGAAAACUCAACUACCAAGUGUUCACUGGUUGAUCAGAAAUCCACUGCUGAUGAUGAAAUGUGUUUCAUCAAAUUUACAAGAAAUUGGUCCAAAAACAGGGGAUUUUCCAAGGAUCUGAGAACCGUAGGGCUCAUGUCUGGAGACUAUGUCAUUGUAAGCUCGGAGGAACCCAGUAUGAUUGCUGUCUGCAUGGGGACACUACAAAACCUGGGUGCAGACACUUUGGAGCUGGUCACAGAAAGUGAGAGUCUACCACGACUGGCAGAGAUCCGUGGAGUGACAUUUCGCCUGGACAAAUAUGAUGGGUACAGCACCUCAGCUAUCCUGUAUACAAAUUUGUCCCGUCUAAUGGCCGACAAUCCCCGCAGUGUAAGAUUGCGGUCUUUGAUAAUAGACAGAUCUAAAUCUGAGUUCUUGCCGAAGCUUUCCAAGUCCGACAUUGAAAGUGUGAAAAAGAUAUUCAAGCCGCUAAACAAGCCACAGAAAAUGUCAAUACUAAAGGUUUUGAUGAGUAAGGAUUACAUUCUUAUCAAGGGCUUCCCAGGCACAGGUAAGACGUCCACUAUCGUGGCUCUGGUUAAGGUGUGUCUGGUGCUAGGAUUGUCCGUACUGCUGACCAGCUACACUCACUCAGCAGUGGACAACAUUCUCCAAAAACUGAAAAAGGAUAAUGUUACUUUUGUGAGACUUGGAAAAAGUAACAAGAUCCACCCCGACAUACGACAAUUUUCUGCGGACCAUCUCACCAAAAACCUUAACACUGUUGGAGAAUUGCGGGAGUUCUACCAUUCUCAGAAAAUAGUUGCGACCAGUUGCUUAGGAGUGAAUCAUCCCCUGUUUACCCAGCGCCGAUUUGACGUAUGUAUAGUGGACGAGGCGUCACAGGUGUUACAGCCGGCUUGUCUCGGCCCGCUGUUCUCUGCGGACAGAUUUGUACUUGUGGGCGACCCCAAACAGCUCCCACCAGUGGUACAAAGUCAGGAAGCAAGGAGUAUUGGAAUGGACGAGAGUUUGUUUCAGCAUUUGGAUGACAACGGUGCGACGUUUGACCUGAAUCUGCAGUACCGCAUGAACAGUGCUAUAAUGUCCAUUAGCAACACCUUAGUGUAUGGAGGUGCUCUAAAAUGUGGAAAUGACAUGGUGGCCAUCAGUGAACUGGUCAUCCCUGACCCCAUCGCCCUACAGAAGGUCGUAGACAAACAUGGAUGGCUAAAACAGGUGUUACUGGAUGAUCCUGACUAUAAGGCUGCUGUCUUCCUGAACACAAGUAAUAUGCCAGCUCGAGAGACAAGAGAUAAAUCUGGUUUUAUAACAAAUGUAGGAGAGGCCAAGAUCAUCACCAUUCUUGUUGAAGCUUUGACUGCAGCUGGUGUGUCAGUAGAGGAGAUAGGGGUCAUUGCUCCCUAUCGGAACCAGGUCAAUGUCAUCCGUGACACCCUCAGAAACACUCACAAGACAGGAACUCAAGGUCACAUCGAGGUCAACACUGUAGACCAGUAUCAAGGUCGUGACAAAGAGGUCAUCCUUAUUUCCUUCGCACGAAGCUUUGCUUCAUCUGCCGACCAACAGUCAAAGGCUGGACAGCUUUUAAAGGAUGUUCGGAGAAUAAAUGUAGCUGUGACACGGGCCAAACACAAGCUCCUCCUGGUGGGCGACAAAAUUUCUUUACAGAGUUAUCCACCCUUGGUAACAAUCAUGGAUGAAUUGAUGAAAAAACAAUGCAUUGUGGAUCUAUCGACGUGUGCUUUAAAUGGAACCUGAGGCCCACAUAACAUUGUCAGAUUGAUGUGUUACUGACACAUUGGACCUACCAUUGUGUGCUGCUGAUGGAACUCGAUGAGUAACUGACAUAUUGUACCUGCCAUUGUGUGCUGCUGAUGGAACCUGAAGGCCCACAUAACAUUGUCAGAUUGAUGAGUUACUGACACAUUGGACCUACCAUUGUGUACUGCUGAUGGAACCUGAAGGCCCACACAACAUUGUCGGAUUGAUGAGUUACUGACACAUUGGCCCUGCCAUUGUGUGCUGCUUAUGGAACCUGAAGGCCCACAUAACAUUGUCAGAUUGUUGAGUUUCUGACAUAUUGAACCUACAAUCAUGUGGACCAUGAUGGAACUCAAUGAAUCAUGUUAAAUUUUGGACCUACCAUUGCGGGCUGAUGAUGGGACCUGAAAACUCACAUAACAUUGUCAGAUUGAUUAGUAACUUUAUGUUGCGGACCGACCAUUGCAGGCUGAUGAUGGGACCUAAAAACUCACAUAACAUUGUCAGAUUGAUAAGUAACUUUAUGUUGCGGACUGACCAUUGCAGGCUGAUGAUGAGACCUAAAAAUUCACAUAACAUUGUCAGAUUGAUGAGUUACUUUAUAUUGUAGACCGACCAUUGUGUGCUGAUGAUGGAACACUGUUAAUAACCGACAGUUAUCUUGCAGAAAAUCCUGUAAUUCAGGCAUUCUUUGUCCUUUCACAUGGAUGAAAUCCAGAGUGUAACUGACAGAAGAUUGAAGUUUACUGAAUUCAUUUGAUGAGGAUAUGACUGAGUCUGAGUAAAGUGCUUCCUGCAUCCCAAAAUAAACCACUAUGGCACAAAACUUAUGAAUGAAUUCUUGAUCAACGAAGAUCCAGGUUGAAAAAAAACAGAACAGAGUGCUUACUUUAUAUUUUAUUCAUUUCCAUUGAUUCUUUUACAAGAACAAUGGAAAUAAGGAAUCCAAUUAUCAAUUUGACUUAAUUGAAUUUUUGGAUGAUACAAUUUAAUAAAAUCUAGGGCACAACGUGCAGAAAAUUGAAUAUUUCAUUGAUAUUUAAAUUCAGACAAUGAUAUUAUAAUGGCCAUUACUUGAGACACUGAUAUUAUAAUGGGCAUUUCUUUAGAUAAUUAUACUUAAAAGGGCAUUUUUAAUUGUUGGCCUUGUAAUGAGGACAAAACCUUUGUUCAAUGUGUUCAACCUUGUAACAUUUGUUGAAAAAUGUUCUGGAGACUUUGUGUGUAACCAUUUAAAUUUAGUUGACAAUGUUAUAAUGGUGUGUCAAUAUUAGUGAUAUGAGAUAUGCAUGUUACAUAUUUACAGUAUAUUUAUGACUUGUUCGCUGAAAACAUUAAAUUUGGCAAAA